AUGCGGCUACGUCAUUCAGACAACAUACAUGACCUGGUAGCUUUCAGCAAAUGGGUAUUAGACAUAGGAAAUGGCCAAAUAAUAGCAACAACAAAAGAAGGUGAGGAUGAACCAAUGUGGAUAGAUAUUCCAAGUGACUUAUUAAUAAAUGGAGGAGCUGAUCCAAUAGUAACAUUGGUGGAGGAAGUUUACCCUGAAAUCCUUGAUAAGCACAUGGACUCGAGAUAUCUCCAACAACGGGCCAUACUAGCUACAAAAAAUGAAACAGUCGACAAGAUAAAUGGACAUAUCUUAGAAAUUAUUCAAGGAGAAUAG